AUGUCUCGAUUGCACGAGUUAGCCGUUGAUUUAGAAACAAAAGCCCGGCUGGAUCGCCAGCUAAAACAACGUCUAGACAAGGAGGAGGAAACUUCAACACUGAAAGCUGAAUUGGAGCGCCUUCAGAAGAACUUGUUCGUGUCAGCCUCUACUGAGGUCGAGACUAUCUGUGGGCCUUACCUGAUAAAGGCUCUGGGGGAAGUUAGAGCCGCGGCUCAGCGUAUGAGGGACGAGAGGAUGGAGAUCCUAACUGAAUACAAGACUAAGUUAGAUCAGUGUGAGGUUCUCUGUCGUCGGAAUGCCAUGUUGGAGACCUUCAUUGACACUUGGCGCAAGGGUUUACCUGAGGGCAAAAAUCUCUCCGAGUUGCCGGAGCUCAUCAAGAAAUUGUCAGAGGAAGUGUCCCGGUUCUAUUCCACGCCUGUCCACAAAUUGUUGGAAGAAGCGCUGGCACAGCUGCCUAACGCAGCUGGUGAUUCAGCUAUGGAGGUGUCAAUGGUAAACACGUCGCCAAGUGAGGCGCUGCUACCACCUUCGGUGCCAUCAGUGGCAGGAAAGCCGCCGACUGUCACGAUGCCGCGUUCAGGUUUGGUGGACGAGACAAUCUGCAAUGCUACAACGGUAGAGACAUCGAUUUGUCGGAUUCGUGGAGGUCCGGAACCCUCAAUCAUCCUUGGUGAAGGUGGUCCAGGAGAGUUUAGCCGUCUUGAAUGUCUAGAUGCGACGCUAAUGGAUAGGCAAGGUGAGUGA